AUGGCCGCUAUCGCCAUUCUUGUCAUUUCUUGGGUCCUCGGGGCAUUUGCUCAGAGCCCUCACAGUAUUCCUGGAUCUCAAUACAUCGGUUGCUCUUCCAUUGAUCUUUCCUGCUUUGGAGAUCCCAUUGUCUUUCCCGAUGGUUGUGUCACCCCGGAGGCUUGCCAGAAAGCAUGCGAGGGUUUCCAGUUUGCUGCUCUUUUGAAUGAGGAAUGCCGCUGCGGGAACGAUUCAACUGCCAUCACUCCUCAGGACGAAAGCAAGUGUGACCACGCAUGCCAGAACAACCCGAUUCUUGGCUGCUGCGGUAGCUCGUGCCCAGAAGAGAACCCUGGCACCGCAAAUGUCUACGGAAAGGAACCCCCUCUUGAGCAGUAUACCGCUGCUUCCAAUCCAGCAACCACGGAUGCAUCCGCAUCACUUUCAUCGGCUGCCCCGAUCAGCUCGCAGCUUGUGACCCCUGCUGGACCAGCACCUGAGCCACAGAGUCAAUCCACUGCCUUGCCCGUUUCACAGUCUGCUGCUACCCAGACUUCUGAGCCUUGCCCACCAGCCCAGCCGUCACAGUACCAGACUGCCGACGGACAGGCGCCAGAGCCCCAGUCAUACGAGACUUCCACCGCAGACGCUGUCCAAGCUACUUCGUCUGGAUCUUCAAGCUCGGCGCCCGCCAUUCCACAAUACGAGUCUACUAUGGCAACCAAAGCAGCACCCAGCAACAAGCCUCACGAUUCACCAGUCCCUUCUCAGGUGCCAGGGUCCGACUCUGCUCCUAUUUGCCUGCCUUCUUUAUCCUCACUUGGCGGGCUUGCCCUUAUUGCGGUUAUGAUGAUGUGA